AGUGUACUGCUCUACCGCACACCACUCGAUGGCCAACUUCGGCAAUGACAAACGUUUUCUUUCAGGUCCCGGCGGCCCGCGACCCUUAACCCCCCUAUUCUUUUCACGCCGCUGCCUUCAUUUCACUCCUUCAUGCGGAAACGGCUCGAUCAAAUCAGCUUACUGGGGCUGGCAUUGGCCUCAUUGCUGGGUUCAGUGGCCUCAUCCGUUGAUACAUCUCAUAUACCCGGGUUGGAUUUGUCCGCCUUUCAACAACUCGGAAUCGUUGGCGAUUUUGCAGGCUUGUCUCGAUUCAGCAACCCACACCAAUUUGAAUCUCUAUACGUCAAUUCAGCUACAAUACUAUCAAAGAGCAGCAACGAUACCUUUGAAAGCAUAAUAUCAACUCCUGGAACGCUCAAUGCGGCUUGCAAACUACCACAAGGAGGCACCAACAACGCAUACGAUGUAUAUUUCGCGGGAUCCUUCACCACUAUAAAUAACACUGUAACAAAUAAUAUUGCAAAACUGGAUACACAAACAGGCAACAUAGUCUCCCUGCAGUCAGGAUUGGAUGGCCCUGUAUACGCCCUAUACUGUGAUCCAGCAUCAUCGACUGUUUAUGUAGGAGGUGCAUUCAAUACAAGUGUCAUGAUGUGGCGGUCUGGCACCUGGACGCCAAUGCCAUGGAAAGCACUGGAUGGUCCGGUUUACUCCAUUACUCCCAACCCAGUGACCAACACCAUUUUUUUUGCUGGCCAAUUUCAAAGCACUAUGGAUGGCGUAUACGGCAAUACCACUAUUAGUCAACCUGUACCCCUUAGCCCACCAUCGUCUGUAGGUAGCGGAAACACUGCCUCAAAUCCAACGAGGAACGACCCUACUUCCAUAACGUGUCCCACCAGCACAUCCAAUGUACAUAAUCACACUUGGCUCUUGGAAGACGAUACACCAGGUUAUUGGGAAGCCAAUUUUGGAGAGACUGUGACCCCGCAGACAUUCCGCCUGGCUAAUACGUUUUACGAUGGAAGAGGCACAGACAAUUUUGGCGUCCUUGCUCUAGGUUCCAAUACAUAUUAUGAGUUAUCAUAUACAGAUCCAGCAACUCAACAAACUGUCACUUGUACUCAAAAUUGCUCACUAUCACACAACAAGUCGAUUUCAUAUCAAGAUUUCCAAGUGGUCAACUCUUUUCCUACACAGGGCUUGCGAAUCGAAAUAUUUUCAUGGUUUGGUUGCGGCGGUGGCCUUUCUUUUGUCGAAAUUUUUACAUCAGAUAACAUACUUCACGCAAGUAACGGCGCCAGUUCUUCCAAUUGUUCUGAUACGCCACAGGGUGUGACCGUCACCACAGGAAAUUGGAAAGAAUGCUUUGUUCAAGGUUCCUACCAAUACGCCCUUACCAGCACUUUCCCAGCCAGCGAAUUGACGACAGCCAAUGCAUCCAUCUUAUUCCAACCAUACGUUUCCAGUAUGGGUCUAUACCAGCUUUUUGUCACCACGCCAGGCUGCGUGGGUACCAGUACAUGUGGUCAACGCACACAAGUUGACUUGACUUUAACACUAUCGCCAGGAAACACUUCAGUUGUCACUCUAGAUCAAAACAAUACAGCUGAUGCGCGCCAAAUGAUUUAUUCCGGCAUGAUAUCGCCUACAUCUGAUUUGUUUCGCCCGAGCAUCUUGUUAUCAGUAGCCAAAAAUGCCGUUGCCCCAACAGGCGGUACUGUCAGCAUCGUUGCGGAUUCAAUCGAGGUGGUGAAGAACAGCACUGGCUCUACGCUUGUCAGUAUUCUGGAAUUCAGUAUGGCCAAUUAUACCAGCAAUACGACUUCGUAUAAACCUCUUGCCAACCAACUUGCUGCAGGUUCGAUUGUGAGAGCCAUGUAUGCCAGCCAGGGUGAUCUGUAUAUCGGCGGCACACUUUCUCAAAACGGUAGCAACCUCGUCAAAUAUCAAUAUGCAACUGCUCAGUAUAGCAAUCUUGGCAAUAUUCAGUCCAACAAUUCAAUCUCGUCACUUGUUGUCAGUGGGUCAUCCCUUUUUGCUGGUGGCAAUUUCACUACCGUUGCAAAUGGUACGACGCCAGCGAUAAACUACUUUGGAAAAUACGAUUUGCAAGGAAAUACCUGGUCGGCUGUUCCACCUGGUGUGAACGGACCAGUAACAGCACUGACUCUCUCAGGCGAUAAUCAGACUUUGUCAGUAUCUGGGCAAUUUAGAGAUGUCACUACCAAUGCUGUUCAAUACGAUAACAUGCAUUUCAACAUCACUUCGGGGACCUGGUUUGAGCCAUCCUAUUUAUUACUUGGUAGUAUCAUCGACGGUUUGUCUAAAUCCGAUAGCGAUAUUUAUCUUGGAAAUUUCCUGGGAGCCCAGUCAAUCCAAACUUCAGACUAUGCAGCUUUAGCCACCAAUGGAACCAUCACUGCAUCACCCUCCAAUUUGUUUGCCAACUCAAAUGCCGUUGUGAACACUGGAGUUAUUUGGGACCAAGGCUCAGGGGAAGUCAUUGCUGCUGGUGGAUCAUUCUCUUUGAAUGGAAGUAUUCAAAACGUUGCCCUCCUCUCGAAUGGUGCAUGGAAAGCUAUCAAUGUUCCUAUCCAAGGCCAAGUUUUAUCGUUAGCCGCCAUGAACGAUCUUCUUUUCAUUGGUGGAACUUUCAACGCUUCAUUAAGCUCGGGUUCAUCCAGCAGCUUUUUGGUUUACAAUGUUGCACAACAAAAGGCAGUGGCAACUGGUGGAUUCUCAGUGAGCAAUGGCGAUACACCUGCUGUCAACGUCAUCAAGGUCAACCCAACUGAUAACAACACGAUAGUUGCUGCUGGACGAUUUGACACUGCUGGAUCGCUUGGCUGCGUCAACAUUUGUUCUUGGAACGUCCAAGCUGCACAAUGGCAGUCAUUGGGAUCAGGGGUUCAGGGCAAGAUCAGUGAUUUUACUUAUUACAAUUCAAACUGGAUUGCCGUAGGCAACCUUACUUUGAAUGGAGUGGCCGUGUACGCUACAUCAUUCGACUCAGGGUCACAAGUUUGGUCUCCAUUCAACGCAAGCUUGCCUGGUCCAGCCACUACCGUCUUCGUCAACGAUGUCGCUAAUCAGAUUUUCUUUGCCGGACAAAAAUCGGAUCUUUCAUCCUAUAUUUGCGUCUACAGCAAUAACAACCUGACAGUUUUUGACACUCAACUUGGGCCAUCUACCCAAAUACACCAAAUUUUUGCUGUUCCAAUGCAAUCGCCCAAUGAUCAAAGCUUCCUUUCUGCAUCUCAAACUAUGCUCAUGGUCAAUGGUCAACUAGAGCUGGUCGGAUUCGGCAACGUUAGCAGUGCGCUAUUUGAUGGAGCUACCUGGUACCCUACUAUUCUUUCUACCACUCAAACUGGCAAGCCCGGUACUAUCAAGCAAAUAUUUUACAAAGCCCAAUCAAUCAAUUAUACCACUACCCAUCAUACUCCCGCGCCAUUGGUUAUCUUGGUAGCCAUCGCAGGAUCGUUGGGGCUCAUUUUUGUAGGCGUAGGUGCAGGCAUGGGAGUUCUUUAUUUCCGUCAACAAGGCAUAUUUUAAAUGAUAUGAUAGGCUUGCAAAUCCUAUGCAGCCACUCUGCCCCACGUAAUUACUGUAUUUCGCCUACCCCUUUCUUUUAAUUCUAGUAAAUAGUAUCAUUGCAUGUAUUACUCGUCCCAAGUGGUGUAUUCCUUUCAAAAAUCAGCAUAGAUUAUGUACCAUUUUCAUUCAGUGUUUCAGCACAGUUCUCAUUUUCAACAAGACGAGAUCUUUUUGGACCCAAUUCCCAACAUUAAAACCAUACAUAUAUCCCUAAAUUGAUUUCAGCAGUUAUGCAGUGUGCAAACACGGCAUUGCCGG